UGCAGUCCCCGCGGCUGCCCCGGGCUCCCUCCCAGGCGGCCCGGCCUUACUCCAGCCUGGGAGCGCCUCGGGGGGAGCGCGGGACAGCCAGGGAGGCCGCGGCGGGGGCCCCGGGCGCCCGAGCUGGGCGAGCCGGGGAGGCGGCCGGACUCGGGGAGCCGGAACGCAGGGGAAGGCAAGGACGGGGCGGCCGGCGGAGGGGCGGGCGCCGCUCAUCAGCCACGCCAGUCACGUCUGGGGCCACCGGCUGCCUUCUUCUUCCUUUCCCCCUUGCUGUCUCCCCCCGCCCCUGUCGGCGAGGGCAAAGUGGCGGUGGCGGCGCCAUGCCCGGGCCGGAGUGAGUGCGCGCGGGCGAAGAUGGCGUACAUCCAGGGCAGCUGGAACCAUUGAACGAGGGUUUUCUUUCUAGAAUCUCUGAUCUGCUGCUGUGUAGAUGGACUUGCCGGCACUGCUGUCAGAAAUGCUGCGAAUCCAGCUGUUGCCAGUCGAGUGAGGAUGAAGUGGAAAUUCUGGGACCUUUCCCGGCCCAGACACCUCCCUGGCUGAUGGCCAGCCGGAGCAGUGACAGGGAUGGUGACUCCGUCCACACAGCCAGCGAAGUCCCCCUCACCCCGCGGACCAACUCCCCCGACGGGAGGCGCUCAUCCUCAGACACAUCCAAGUCCACGUACAGCCUGACCCGGAGGAUUUCCAGUCUUGAGUCGAGGCGCCCCAGCUCCCCGCUCAUCGACAUCAAGCCCAUUGAGUUCGGCGUCCUCAGCGCCAAGAAGGAGCCCAUCCAGCCGUCGGUGCUGCGCCGGACCUACGCCCCCGACGACUACUUCCGCAAGUUCGAGCCGCGCCUCUACUCCCCGGACCCCGGCAGCGACGACGUGGACUCUCUGACGGACGAGGAGAUCCUGUCCAAGUACCAGCUGGGCAUGCUGCACUUCAGCACGCAGUACGACCUGCUGCACAACCACCUCACCGUGCGCGUGAUCGAGGCCCGGGACCUGCCGCCCCCCAUCUCCCACGACGGCUCGCGCCAGGACCUGGCGCACUCCAACCCCUACGUCAAGAUCUGCCUGCUGCCCGACCAGAAGAACUCCAAGCAGACCGGGGUCAAGCGCAAGACGCAGAAGCCUGUGUUCGAGGAGCGCUACACCUUCGAGAUCCCCUUCCUCGAGGCCCAGAGGAGGACCCUGCUCCUCACCGUGCUGGACUUUGAUAAGUUCUCGCGCCACUGUGUCAUUGGGAAGGUGUCCGUGCCUUUGUGCGAGGUGGACCUGGUGAAGGGCGGGCACUGGUGGAAGGCGCUGAUCCCCAGCGCUCAGAAUGAAGUGGAGCUGGGGGAGUUGCUCCUGUCGCUGAACUACCUCCCGAGUGCCGGGAGGCUCAACGUCGACAUCAUUCGAGCCAAGCAACUUCUUCAAACAGACGUGAGCCAAGGCUCAGACCCAUUUGUGAAAAUCCAGCUGGUGCAUGGACUCAAGCUUGUGAAAACCAAGAAGACAUCCUUCUUAAGAGGCACAAUUGAUCCUUUCUACAAUGAAUCCUUUAGCUUCAAAGUUCCCCAGGAAGAAUUGGAAAAUGCCAGCCUUGUAUUCACAGUGUUCGGCCACAACAUGAAGAGCAGCAACGACUUCAUCGGGAGGAUCGUCAUUGGCCAGUACUCCUCGGGACCCUCGGAGGCCAACCACUGGAGGCGGCUGCUCAACACCCACCGCACGGCCGUGGAGCAGUGGCACAGCCUGAGGUCACGGGCGGAGUGUGACCGUGUGUCCCCUGCCUCCCUGGAGGUGACCUGAGGGCCGCUGGGAUGGCAGCUCUCGAUGGCUUUAAAAAAAAAAAAAAAAAAAAAAAGUGUCCCUUACCUGUCACAUCCACCCCCGCAUAACACCCUGUCCACCUCCACCCUCUCGGACCCGAGAGGAAGCAGACUAUUGAUCACAACACGGCCGCCCUCACCGAGGGAGGGCUGAGAACUUUCCAGAAGCCCCGUGCACUUCUCGAGCGCUGAGUGGGCUCUGCCGUGGGACUAUGGGCAGCGCUGCUCCUGUUGACACCCCCGCCCCCAAUUCCCUUCGGGGGACAGAGGGCCUCCCUAGUGGGCCAACCUCCGAGACUAAACUGAGCAAGAGUUUGGCCAGCGUAUGGGAGGCCUGAGUCCCCAGCCCAAAACGCACCCCCUGGGCAACUUCUGGACGGGCUGCUGUCCCCUGGGGUUCUCCAAACCCAAUACCUUUCUCCAAAGGUGUGAGUACCUUCGUCUCCUCCUUAGUAAAUGUGACAUAGAGAUUAGGCUAGUUGGAGAAACCACGUGGCCACACGCACAGAAAUAGUGCAGCGUAAGAAACCUCUCCUGGCCGAGCUGAAUGUGUCCUUGUGUUAGCUCAUCCAUGGGCACGUACGUGUCUGUCCCCGUGCAUGUGCCCUGCCGCUGAGCACCCCUGUGCCUCUGCGUCCCGGAGAGCAGGUGCCGGCCAGGACCUCUGCUCUGAGCCCGCCCUUCUCUCCACCUCCCCGACCCCGCGAGACUUCGCCCGUCCCUGUGUCCUCCAUCUGUCAAAGACUCCCCUUGGGUGCCGGUGACGUGUGUCGAUAGGGAAAAGCCAACAUUUUUUGACUGAAUCCUGGCGACAAAGGCCGCCGUGGGCCUCUGUGGAUUAGAAUGGCCACACGCCCUGUCCGUGACCAUCUCCCUCUUAACCACACCUGAGCAGCUUCCUGUGUCCGUGUGAACCAAGUCACGUCCCACCAGCUAAGGAAUUAGUGUAGAAUUAGAGUAGGUCGCUCUCUCUUUCCCCGUUGGAUGCUUCUGUGUCUUUUCCCACAGUGUACCGUCUAGCGUGAUGGGGAGCUAUUUAUUGAAAUUAAAGAUUAUUUAUU